CGGAAAAAAAUAUCCAGCUGUCUGUUCAACCGCUGCUCUUAAUUAUUAGGGCGCAGCUUUCAGUUCGUGGCCGGAUUAAAAAUUUACCAAAGCAACGGCUAACUCUGUUGUGUUUUACGUCGCAUUACUUUGCGUCGGGAACUCAAAGCGUUACGUGUCAGUCCGUAAAUUGGAUUAGUGCUAACUAAGUAAAGUCCACCUGUGAAUGAUAGUGUAGCCGCCGUGCUAGGAAGCUAUCUUAACGGACUGUUGGGACGGAAAACAAGGAUAUUUGUGGACUUCUCUGGUUUUGACAUGCCAUUUCAACCAUGUGUUGACUAGCUGUAUAUUUAUAUUUACAUAUAUAGGCUAGGCAUUUUAGUGCGUGUAUAUAUGCUAACGUUACACACAUUACAGUUUCCGUUUUAAACUAACAUGGAUAGUUACAGCCAGCGUUUUGAUUCCACUACUGGACGAGACGGUAAGUCUCAAAAGAAGAAGGGCUUCACCAGUAACAGCACGUCGUGCUACGACGAUGGAGACCGUAAACCAAAGUUUCACUUACCCUUUAAAAACAUCACAGAUGAUGUGCUGGACAGAUUUGCCAGUAUUCGGAUUCCAGGGAGCAAGAAGGAGCGACCGCCCUUAUCGCAGUCUAAACACAACACAAACGACUGGACCACUUCUUCAUCGUCCACCUCUCAGAACUUUGAGGAACUGUCAUCAAAGAUUACCACGGAGAAAGAGAUCUUGGCUCUGUUUGAAAAGAUGAUGGAGGACAUGAACUUGAAUGAGGACAAAAAGGCUCCUCUGAGAGAGAAGGACCUCAACACAAAGAGAGAAAUGGUCAUCCAGUAUAUUUUCACUGCCUCCAAAACUGGCAGCCUGAGAAGCAGCCAUCAGAUAUCUCCCCAGGAAUUCCUCAGUGAGCUGAAGUCAGGGGUGAUGGACGAACGCCUGUUUGCCUGUCUAGACUCAUUGCGAGUGUCCCUCACCAGCAACCCUGUCAGCUGGGUGCAGAGCUUUGGGCACGAGGGUCUCGGACUGCUGCUAGACAUUUUGGAGAGGCUGCUUGCCAAAAAACAUCCAGAGAAGUUGGAUAAAAGAAACCAACAUAAAGUGGUGCAGUGUCUCAAAGCCUCCAUGAACAAUAAGUAUGGCUUGGAUCGAAUCCUCGGGGAGGAGAAAAGUCUUUCUUUGCUCGCGAGAGCCAUUGAUCCCAGCCAGUCUGCCAUGAUGACUGAUGUUGUAAAGCUGCUGUCAGCCAUCUGCAUUGUAGGCGAAGAGAACACUCUCGAGAAGGUCCUUGAAGCCAUCACCACAGCAGGGGAAUGGCGGGGUAUCGAGAGGUUCAGUCCCAUUGUGCAAGGCCUACGAGACCGCUCCGUUCAGUUACAAGUAGCAUGCAUGCAGCUCAUUAAUGCACUGGUAACGUCUCCUGAUGAGCUGGACUUCAGGCUGCACAUUAGAAAUGAAUUUAUGCGCUGUGGCCUGAAAGAGAUAUUGCCACAACUGACAGCCAUCAGGAACGAGGCCCUUGACAUCCAGUUAAAGGUGUUUGAGGAGCACAAAGAAGAGGACAUGAUGGAGUUCUCUCACAGGCUGGAAGACAUCAAGAGCGAGCUGGACGAUGCGGGGGAUGUGUUCAACAUUGUGCAGAGCACGGUGAAGGACAGCAGCGCCGAGCCCUAUUUCCUCUCUAUACUGCAGCACCUGAUGCUCGUACGCAACGACUACUUGGUCAGGCCUCAGUACUUUAAGAUCAUCGAGGAGUGCGUUUCUCAAAUCGUGCUCCACCGUAGUGGCACUGACCCAGACUUCAGCUACCGCAAGCGCCUUGACGUCGACUUCAGCCACCUCCUGGAGGUGUGUGUGGAUAAAGCUCGAGUCGAUGAGUACGAACAGAGGGCUUCAGAACUGGCACAGAAGUUUGACGAGGAGUAUCUAAGCAGACAGGAGGCGCAAGCUCAGCUGGUGAAGUGUGAAGAAAAAAUAACUGAACUCCAAGCAGAGCUACAGGCCUUCAGGUCGCAGUUUGGAGCCGUACCUGUUGGCCUGACCUCUCCUCAUGCCGGGCAACCGGCGACCUCCUCGUCAUCGCCGGCUGGGCCUCCGACCCCGCAGCCGGCAAGCGGGAUGCCUGCUCCCCCUCCUCCCCCUCCUCCGCCUCCCUUACACGGAUGUCCUGCCCCACCUCCUCCUCCUCCGCCCGGGAUGCCUCCUCCGUUCGGUGCCCCUCCUCCACCGCCUCUAGGGUUCGGGGGCGGUCUUGGUUCCCCGACCCACCAUGCCCUGCCUUAUGGCCUCAGGCCCAAGAAGGAAUUCAAGCCUGAGACUUCCAUGAAGCGCCUCAACUGGUCCAAGAUUCGUCCCCAGGAAAUGUCAGAGAGCUGUUUCUGGGUGGCAGCUGAUGAGGACCAGUACGCAAAACCAGAUUUGCUCCACAGAGUCGCAAGUACUUUUGGCUCACAAAGAACAGAAACAAAAGACUGUGAGGAGAGCGCGCCCACGGAGGAUCCACCCAAAAGAGAAGAGGAGGAUUUGGAGGAUAAGAAAACCAUAAAGAAGAGAAUUAAAGAGCUCAAGGUGCUCGAUCCGAAGAUUGCGCAGAAUCUGUCCAUCUUCCUGGGCUCCUUCCGCAUCCCUUAUCAGGACAUCCGUCGCAUGAUCGUGGAGGUGGAUGAGGAGCAGCUCACUGAACCUAUGAUCCAGAACCUUGUAAAGCACCUACCAGAACAGGAGCAGCUGAAUGCACUGGCCAAGUACAAAAACGAGUACUCUAAUUUGUCAGAGCCUGAACAGUUUGGGGUUGUGAUGAGCAGCGUGAAGCGUCUGCGUCCUCGCCUCAGCCACAUCCUCUUCCGGCUGCAGUUCGAGGAGCACGUGAACAACCUGCGUCCGGACAUCCUGGCCGUGAACGCCGCCUGCGACGAGGUCAGGAAGAGCCGCCCCUUCGGCCGCCUGCUGGAGCUGGUGCUGCUGCUGGGGAAUUACAUGAACGCGGGCUCUCGAAAUGCCCAGUCGUACGGCUUUGAUCUCAGUUCCCUCUGCAAGCUGAAGGACACCAAGUCAGCCGACCAAAAGACCACUUUACUCCACUUCCUGGCGCAAGUGUGUGAGGAGGAAUUUCCAGACGUGAUCAAGUUUGUGGAUGAUCUGGAGCACGUGGACCGAGCCAGCAGGGUGUCUGCAGAGAAUCUGGAGAAGAGCCUCAGGCAGAUGGAGAAGCAGCUGCUGCAGCUGGAAAGAGACCUGGAGACUUUCUCCUCCACCGAUGACCCCAGCGACAUGUUCUUUACCAAAAUGGCUAGCUUCUGCAAAGUUGCACGGGAGCAGUAUGGCAAGCUGGUGAUCAUGCACGGCAACAUGGAGACGCUGUACCAGAACGUCCUGGAGUACUUCGCUGUGGAUCCCAAGAAGACGUCGGUGGAGGAGCUGUUCACUGACCUCAGCAACUUCCGGGCCAUGUUCUCUCAAGCACUGAAGGAGAACUUCAGGCGGAGGGAGUCGGAGGAGAAACAGAGGAGAGCCAGGGCGGCGAAGGAGAAGGCCGAGCGUGAAAAGCAGGAGAGACAGCAGAAGAAGAGGAGGUUGCUGGAAGUCAAUGCAGAGAAUGAUGAGACAGGUGUGAUGGAUAGUUUGCUGGAAGCCCUACAGUCGGGCGCUGCAUUCAGAGACCGCAGGAAGAGAAUGCCACGACCAAGAGAUAACCAUCAGCAGACGAUCAGCCCCAGCUCCUUCCGCCAGGUUCUCAGACCUGUUAACCAUGAAAACAACAAGGCCCCUUUACAAAGGUCUCGCUCUCGGCAGAAUAUCAAUGCGAGUUCAUCGGCGGCGGCGGCGGCGGCGGGGAAAGCUCCCCCUGCCAAGGAGGCCCACAACGAGGCCGAGGGCCACCCGUCCACCGCCAGGGCCAAGGCCGCCGUGUGCUCGGCGCCAGGCCGCAGGUACAGGAACGUCCCGGGUCAGAGCUACGGGGUGGACAGAGAGAGGGUGGUGGAGAGGGUCAAACCGGCUGAAAAAGAGAUGGAGGUCGAAGCCGACGCUCCGACCUUCCAGCCGUCCUUCUCCCCUUCCUCGUCCUCCUCCUCGUCCUCCUCCUCCGGUCCCGCGGUGGGCAGCUGCGGCUCCAACGGAGAGUCGGACGUGGAGGCUCUCUUAGCCAAACUCAGAGCCUUGUGAGGUUCAUGUCUUAUCUGAAAUACACUGAACAUAAACAGUAUGUUUCUACCGCAUGUCUGAAUGUAUUAGUUGAAAGUUAGCUUGGCAAUAAAAUAAUAAUAGAAUAAAGAGAGAUACGAAACAUAAACUAUUUUAAAGCUUUAUGAAAAAUAUAUACGUUUGUAUGAAAAUAGUGAAACAUCUGAGAACCAUGCUGUUUAACGCUCGAUGGUACCGACGUAAAAAUAAUCAUCUGAAGUCGGCGCAGACUGCCGGUCACACUUUAACCCACGGGAGUCAAGAAAAAAAGGUCACGAAAGAGACUGAUUUUCAGCAUAUUAGUGUCGUGUUAAGAAAAAAAUACACUGUACACUGCCAAAAAAAAAAAUUUGGCUCCAUUAUGUCUUCCAAGCAGUGUGAAACUUUUUAUCAGAAAGUAAAAAUGACAACAUUGCUAAGCACUUUUUUUUGUAAUCGACAAAUAUGCAAAACAUUUUCUUUCACAUUGGCGUUUUUACAUGUUCGUCGUAUUAUCUUGUCCUACUUCUUCUGUGUUCUUUUAUUACCACAUUAGUUAUUUUCUUAUUCUUGGUGUUAGUCAUGUUCAGUCUUAAUUAUGUUUCUCUCCCUUUCACUUCUUUUUUUGUCUUUUUUCAUUCCUUGUUGAAUAAGUUGACGUCUUUUAUAUUCAAAGCAUUGGCCUAAUUGUUUGUGAUUUGAUUAAACCUUCACAGGCUGUCAUAAUAAUAAGAUGUCAUUUGAUUUGGAGGUUGAUGUUGUUUCUUGUCUCAUUUUAAAUGGAAACAUUUAUAUGCAGCGAAAACAAGUCUGCAAAAAAAAAAGAGAAAGGUUUUUGCAAAAAGGUUAUAGUCCAAAACGUGUCUGACGCUGUUUUCUUCUACAUUCCAGAUGAAAUGAUUCAUAUCUUCUUCGUAUUUGCUGUAUCUCCACUUUUAUAGACCCAUUUACAAUAAAAUGAUGCAAAAACA